CUCCCACAUCGGCGGACAGAUGUUACAACGAGCAGGGAAAGCGGUGUCCGCCGAUGUAGAGCGCAAUCCGAGGCUCAUAACAGGGGCAAAUGAACCCAAUUCCGUUAUUUUGUGAUGAGAGACUGCAACGAACAAAAAUAAUACCACGUUUUUACGUGUUUUAUUUGGACACAUCUGUCCGCAGUUGGCGUCGUGCAGGGUCCGCCUCACGAAGUGGAGCGAAGAGUUGACAACAGCCGGGAAACAGGCUAGAGGAGACACUGUGGAAUAUCCAACGCCAGGGAGGGAGAGAGCGGACACGGGGCUGGAUGUAACCGGAUUUACCCUCCCCAGCGGUUCGCCAUGGGGGAGACCAAAAUUAUCUAUCAUUUGGACGACCAGGAAACUCCGUACCUGGUCAAGUUGCCCAUCGCUGCCGACAGGGUUACUCUUGCCGACUUCAAAAAUGCCCUCAAUAAACCCAACUAUACAUUUUUCUUCAAAUCUAUGGACGAUGAUUUCGGGGUGGUGAAGGAGGAGAUCUCAGACGACAAUGCCAAACUUCCCUGUUUCAAUGGCCGGGUCGUGUCAUGGUUGGUGUCAGCAGAUGGUUCUCAUGGGGGUUCCGAUGGGGGUUCUAUGUGUGCAGACAGCCAGGCAGAGCUGCCACCCCCUUUGGAGAGGACCGGCGGAAUCGGAGACUCAAGACCCCCCUCUUUUCAUGCGAACGCUGCCGGAAUUCAGGACAACGAGACAGAGACUGAGUCGGCCGUGUUGCUAGAGAGAGAGAGGGAGCGGGAGAGAGACCGGGGCAGGGAGAGGGAGAGGCCGCUAAGGAAAGAAAAAGACACUCAUGACCAUAACCGUAGAAAACCUACAGGGUGGCAGGUUGAAUGGUCACACGCAUCAGAGCGGGAGACACGGCGACCGGAGCUGGCGGGGUACGAGAGCUCAUCCACGCUGAUGAGUUCUGAGCUGGAGACGACGAGCUUUGUCAACUCUGAAGACGAUGACGCAUCUAGUCGGUUCAGUGGCUCCACGGAGCAGAGCACUUCGUCGAGGCUCAUGAGACGACAUCGGCGGCGGCGGCGGAAACUCAAAGCGCCACGGAUGGAGAGGUCGUCCUCUUUCAGUAGCGUCACAGAUUCCACCAUGUCACUGAACAUCAUCACUGUCACUUUAAAUAUGGAGAAGUAUAACUUCCUGGGCAUCAGUAUUGUGGGUCAGAGUAACGAGAAAGGAGAUGGAGGAAUCUACAUCGGCUCUAUCAUGAAGGGAGGGGCAGUGGCCGCCGAUGGACGCAUCGAGCCUGGAGACAUGCUGCUGCAGGUGAACGACAUUAACUUUGAGAACAUGAGCAAUGAUGAUGCAGUAAGAGUACUGAGGGAGAUUGUGCAUAAGCCAGGCCCUAUUACUCUGACUGUGGCUAAGUGCUGGGAUCCUAACCCUCGAGGAUGCUUCACACUGCCGAGAAGUGAGCCGAUCCGUCCCAUAGACCCUGCUGCCUGGGUGUCCCACACCGCAGCAAUGACGGGGGCGUACCCAGUGUAUGGUAUGAGCCCUUCUAUGACCACCAUCACCUCCACCAGCUCCUCCAUCACAAGCUCCAUCCCUGAGACUGAGCGGCUCGAUGACUUUCAUUUAUCCAUUCACAGCGACAUGGCAACAAUCGCCAAAGCGAUGGCCAAUCCAGAGUCUGGCCUGGAGGUGCGAGACAGGAUGUGGCUCAAGAUCACAAUCCCCUCCGCCUUCAUAGGCUCGGACGUGGUGGACUGGCUCUACCAUUACGUGGAGGGCUUCACUGACCGCCGUGAGGCCAGGAAGUAUGCCAGCAACCUGCUGAAGGCCGGCUAUAUCCGGCACACCGUCAACAAGAUCACCUUCUCCGAGCAAUGCUACUACAUUUUCGGAGACCUCUGUGGCAGUGAGUCUUAUUAUCUCUUUCUCUUCCACAAGAUAGCUUUCUUUAUGACUCUUCACCUUUAUGGAGAGGUGAAGAGUCAUAAAGAAAGCUAUCUUGUGGAAGAGAAAGAGAUACUAAGACUCAUUGCCACAGAGGUCUCCGAAGAUGGAGAGGAUAUGCAUAUACUCUCAACCUUUCUCUCUUUCUCUCUCUCCUUUGCAGAGAGUCGUAGCAGCGGGUCCAACUGCAGUGGCAGUAAGAAGGAAGAGGCUGCUGGGGGGGCAGGCGGUGGUGCUGGUGGUGGCGAGUCCAAGUCCACAGGGAGCGGCAGCGAAUCAGAGCUGAGGAAGGAAAAUGCGCCCAGUGAUCGCUCAGUGGCGGUGCCCCCUAACGAGCACAGCAUGCACAGCCUGAUCAGCUUGGCCCACAGUGUCCACAGCACCCAUUCCCACAGCGGUAGCCUGGUGUACGGACCCCCCGGCCUGCCAGCCCAGCCGCCGACCUCCCUCCCCAUGACGGCCCCCCCUGGGUCGCCCCCGGGCCGAGACCUAGCCUCCAUGCCCCCCGAACUCACCGCCUCACGACAAUCAUUCCGCAUUGCCAUGGGCAACCCCAGUGAGUUCUUCGUCGAUGUCAUGUGAUGUGUGAUCCAGAGGGCGGAUCCUCACUGCAGGUGUUCAGGAUGUCCUGGUACGGAGAGGAAGAAGGUGGUGGAGUAGGAGGAAAGGAGGUAGAGGCUAAGAGAAAGACAGGUGGUGCUGAGAGCGAUAUGGUUGUAACUGCAUAGCUCUCUUUCUGUCUGUCUGUCGCCAGUGCUGUGGCGCCUGUACUUUCUUCAGUGAAGAAAAUCGGUGUGGAUGCAGCUCUCUCUCCUUAAUACCCAUUAAAUAGACAAUUUUGUUCAUAUGUUCUUUUCCACAUCAGUUUGAGUGUGUGUGUGUGCCUGUGUGUGUUUAUGAGUGAGUGAAUAUGUUGUUGGAAUUGAAUGUUUUCUUUUUGUCAUUUUCUCCCUUUUCCUCUACAUGUGUCCUAUUCAACUGUGAUCGAAUCUCUGUGGAUCCUCCAUUGCAAACCCUCUUUAAAAAUCAACACAGUCCAUACUAGAUGGGAGAAGGCUCAGAAAGAGAGAGAGAGAGCGAUAGAGAGAGACUGUGGACCAUAGAGAUCCUAUUAAAUUACUAUUCUAAUUAAAAAAUAUAUAUAAUUCCUAAUUUUAUACUGUGGACAAGGUUGUGUUCAUUAGGGCAUGCAACAGUUAACAAAACAUUUAGCAACACGAAACAAAAAUUAUCCUUUCUUAUUGGAGAAAUAGGUUCAGGUAGUCCCUCCCGGUUUGUCUAUUUUCUUUCAUUUGGUGCCUAAUGAACAUGUCCCAGGUCCCAUGAAUGUGUUAAGGAUGUUGGUGUUACUCUUUGUGAGUGUUCUCUGAGCUGACUCAAAUGAACGUCCGAAAUAAAACAUAGAAAAUGAAA